CGGAAGCAUAAAAUAUACCCGGGUAUUUUAUACUCAGUGUUUGACUGUGAAAUUAUGUAUGUGUUUUCUUUCAUUACACAAUUCACAUGCAGUCUCACAUCAUUUUAUUAUUUUAACCUUGGCUGUAGCAAAAACCGACUGCAUACACAGUUUGUAAAAAAUAAUGGGAUAAAAAAAGCUGCUGGACACUUGUUGUAUGUACAUCUAUUUACAAACAGUUGAGAUUAAAAUCAAUUAUAUUUGCCACUUUAACCACAGCUCGUGACCUUCAAAUCUAUGUAGCAAACCAGCAGAUUUGCAUGUUCAUUUUACAAGAUUCCAACCUGCCAAGUUUAUAUUUAUUUAAUUAAGUUACAUAAAUAUCACACACAAUUAAUCGAUUGUCCAAACCACACUCUCAAUCUUGUGGUCUCGUAACUCAUAAAAUUUUACGAAAUUAGAAAUGGCAUACAAAGUGGGACUAGCUUCGGACGACGCCGUUUUAUUCGGAGAAUCUCCUCUGUGGGACAAUAGAAGGGGACAACUCGUACUUACCGACUGUUUCGGGAAACAUGUCAGCAUUUUUGAUCCUGUGACGAGAAAAAUCACCUCGAAAGAAGUCAAGCCAGUGGAUGAAGAGAUAAUAUACACCGUAAUUUCCAUUCCAUACGCAUCUUCAACGAACAAAUUUUUGGUUACACUUUCCUCUGGAAAAUUGGUAGAAUUCGAUUGGGAUCAGAAUGCCAUAACGAAGGUCUUGUACGAUUGUAAAAAUCCACUAAUUAGCUACAAUGAUGGCAAGUGUGACAGCAAAGGGAGGCUGUGGACGGGAAGUGGGAGAAUUGAGGAUUUGGGCAAGUUGACUAUGACUAAAGACAAAGGCGAAGUUUACAAACUUUCAAAGUCGAGUACAACUCAAGGGAUGUUGGAUUCUUUUACGGAAACUGGAAAUUUUGACUUGCCGAAUGGACUUGGCUUUAACAAAGAGCAGACAAAACUCUUUUGGAAUGACUUAACUGGCAGAGUGAUCAAUUUGUUUGACUUUGAUGCCAAUAAUGGAAAGUUGGGAAACCGAAAGUUAUUUUUUGAUUUUAAAGACCACUCCGAACUUGACGGUUCAUAUCCGGACGGAUUAUGUCUCGAUGUUAGUGGCAAUGUUUGGGUGGCUUGUUGGAAGGGAGCAUGUGUUAUUAAAAUUGACGGGUCAAAUGGGAAAUUGUUGGAGAAAAUUGGGGUACCAGUGCACAAUACGACGUCCGUAGCGUUUGGGGGGACAAAUUACGACCGCCUGUAUGUCACCACAACUUCCAUUGAACUAGAUAAAAGCCUUGUGGAUGAGCCAGAUACUGGAAAAAUAUUCGAGAUCAGUUGUCCAGGAGAUUCCUCGUUCAAAGGUUUUCAGGAAUGUUUCCUUGAUGUGUAAAAAUGUUAUCUUGUUACAGCAGUGGUUUUUUGAGAUUGGUUGUUUUUAAUGUGAAUAAAAGUUUUAUCGAACAAUUUA